AUGGCGGACCCAAACCAAUCCGUCGGGACUUGCAUACUAAAAGUCGAUCUAAAGUGUUGCACCGGUUGCCAAAAAAAAGCAAGCAUCAAGUUGAAGAGUAUCUCUGGUGUAAACGAAGUGGAGUACGACAGCGAAAAAGGGCUCAUGACAGUCACAGGGGACGUAGAACCUAUGGAUCUGGUUCGUAAACUUAAUAAAUGUGGCAAAGAAACAGAGCUCUUCUCAGUUAAGUACCAGAUUGAAGAUGAUGAUCUAAAGAGCGACGAUGAAGAUGAAACUUCUUCUUCUUCUUCUUCUUCUUCUGACUCUGCUAGUUCAUAUUAUGAUCCUAAACCCAUGGAACGUGAAUUCCAAGAGAAGAUGAAGCAGCAGCCGAAGAAGAAAACAUUGCUACAAAUAAUACGUUCUAUUCUAUGCUGUUUCACCAGUAAAUCAAAGGUUGUACAGCCUUUACCGAUGCGAAACCGAAACCAAAACCGAAACUGGCGUGUCCCAUCAAAGUUUGAGUAUGGUGCUCCGCAGUUGCGGCCUCCGCAACCGAUGCUGCCCUAUCCACAAACGAUACAACCACACCACCUACAAAUGAUGCAGCAACAACAACAACAACAAAUGAUGCAGCGGCAACAACAACUACAAUUGAUGCAGCAUCAACAACAUGUUCCGGUGACAGGAGCUGUAAUGCCGUACACUGCUAACAUGUUCCAGCAAGCAUACCAACCUUAUCAUAUGCCAAAUCAGGGACAAACUUAUCUUUUGCCAAAUCCGGCACAACCGUUGAAGUUCAACCGUAGCCUGCAUUUCCCGCCGACGAAGGACGGCAAUGUAAGACUACUUUGA